GAGCCAGUCUCCGCUGGUGCUGUGGGUGCAACUGCAACAACAACAACAACAACAACAACAACUUUGUUACAUUCAACGGCCAGACUUUGACAGAGACGGACAAACUCUCAUUGGGUUCUGUUGGGCACUUUGUUUUCCACAUUCGGCGUCCAGCAUGUCCCAGCAAAGAGGAUCGUGAACCAAACAAACAAACCAAAAAACCAAACUUUCGGGCGUCGUCUGCUUCUCCGUGUGUGCGUCUGUUAUUUUUCGGGGGGUUCCUUGGCGAAAUAAUAAAAAUUGCAAGUGUAUCGGAUGACUUUUCGUGAGCAGUGCCGUUGUCUACUAGUACUCCGUGAAUUGGAUAUAGGCGCAGAAAGUGCUCCCCCUCAACCCGCGAUCUAUUGUGUUGGUUUUUUUAGUUGGCAACUCCGCCCCGGCAGAAACUUAAUCCGCCGGCGUUAUGACAACAACAAGAAGAAGGAGAUCAGGAGCCAAUAAGGAGGAGGACGACGACGCGAGACAACAUCAGAGACCGUGUUGCUGUUGUUCCUCGACGGCGGCGGUGGUUUUAAUGGACGUCGGCAACUUGAUCCAUCACCGCCAACCCAUUACCACCACCAGCAGCACUCGCUCCCUACUGCUCCUACCGCUCCUUCUUUUGCUCCUCACUCUACUUGAAGCAGCCGAGUCGAUUCGACUGGAACAUGUGGAAGUGCCGAGCGUCGUGGCCGUGGGCGAGCCGGCCGCUUUCCUCUGCGACGUCGACCUGGAAUUUGACAACGAACUCUACUCCGUCAAGUGGUACAAAGACAGCGAGGAAUUCUACGAGUGGAAGCCGAAAAGGACGCCUUCCGUUCAGAUUUAUCCCGUCGAGGGCAUCCAAGUUGACAGGGAACGGUCGGUCAGAGAGGCGGUGGUUCUGCGCUCGGUGACUCCGGCAACGGCGGGAUUCUUCCGAUGCGAGGCCUCGGGCGAAGGGCCGGCCUUUCGAUCCGUUUCGGGAGGUGCGGCUCUGUCGGUUGUCAUUUUGCCCAAGAAGAAACCGGCAAUCUUCGGCGGCUACGUCAUCAACGAGCAAGACGGAACGGUGGAACUCAACUGCACGACGGAUCCCUCACGGCCGGCCGCCCAGAUCCGGUGGCUCAUCAACAACGUGCCAGUCAAUCCGGAACUGAUCCAGGAGACCAGCAUUAGCCGGACAUCGUCCGGAUUGGAGACGAGUUUCUCCGUCCUGGAACUGCAGUCACGCGAUCAUUUCCCGCGUUCCGGCAAAUCGUCAGGAGCCCUCAAGGGCAGUUCCAGCAGCAACACGGCGACGGUGACGUGCGAGGCCGCCAUCCCUUACUCGACUCAAAAGGCAGCGGCCGCACCGUCCAUGUCUUCCGUCACCUACUGGUCCACUCUGUCAUCUUCGUCCACCUACUCCAACGGCGGAAGCAACGCCGUGGCGGAAUCGGCGCACCAGUUCCAGAGGCGGAUCGCAUCCGACAGUCACCAGCACGGCGAGCGAAUAUUCCGCAGCCGCCACGUCGCCAGCGCCGAAACUCUUCAAUCGCUGACUCUACGAACGGAAAUCUUAAUUUACGUCAACUCUGGAAGGUGGGCGAUGGGGUCGAUCCUGACGCUCUUCACAGCUCUGAUGACGUCCUAUUGUCUUAGUUAAAAUCAAAUAUAAUUAGUUCACCUGUUUCACAUAUAAAUACAUUUACUCUGAUUUCACACCCGAUUAAAAACUGAAAAACUAAAAAAAAAAACUUUUCCCUUUUUU